AUGCGCCACAGCCUCACCCAGCUGCUGGCGGCCUCCUCCGGCGGAACGAGCCCCUCGGGCGCCGUAUGGCCGCUAACCGGCGCGGGGCAGGCCCCGAGAGGGCGGGAUGGCGGCGGGGAAGGGGAUCCGGGCCCCGCGCGGCCCAAACAACAACAGCCGCCGCGGCGGGAAGCGGGCGCCUUGGAGCCGCGGCGGCAAGAAAAGGAACCGGAGGCGCCCGGUGGUCCGCUGGAGGUGUGGGAGCAAGAGGACUGGUUCCCGGGGCUGGAGCUGGGAGACCUACUAGAGGCGGCCCGGCCAGACUGGGACCUGGACGCGGAGCUGAGCGGCUGCUUCUGUGAGGAACCGGAGCAGUUGCCCUCGCCGGGCCAGGGCCAGAAGCCGGCGGCGCCCGGGCGGAGGAACAGCGGGACUGGGAGCCGGCUAAAAGCGGCGGCCGCGGCGCGGCUGAACCGGCUGAAGAAGAAGCAGUACGUUCUGGGUCUGGAAAGUCGCCUCCAGGGCCUGGCUGCCGAGAACCGGCAGCUGCGGGACCGCAACCGCGGCCUAAGUCGCCGCCUGCGAGAGCUGGAGCGGGAAAGCAGCUACCUGCGGGCCGUGCUGGCUAACCAGAGCGCCCUGGGGCAGCUCCUGAGCCGCUUAGCCGGGAUCCGCGCCGGCGGGCUGCAGCUCAACACCAGCCUCUUCAGGGACACGGGCAGCCCCGGCCGCCAUCACCACCACCUCCAGCCCGCCGGAGAGAGCAGCGACCACGACUACGCCCUGCCCAGCUCCCGGCCUCCCAGCCUGGAGGACACGGCUGUGGUGACAGAGACGGAGGAGGAGUGGGCGGCCCCCGGCGGGAUCUGCCUCCACGUGGACCGGGAUCAGGUGUCGGUGGAGUUUUGCUCCAUCUGUGCUCGGCGGGCAGCGGCCUCCUUCAAAAUUUUCUCUUUUAGGUGCUUGCCCUGCCAGGCUCCGUUGUGUAGGGGUUAAAGAACAGUCGUUUCCCACCUCGCAACCUGUGGAUUCAGCUGUGUUGGGGCAGAAGAGACGGGACCAGCUGCUGACCACAUUUCCUGCUUUAUUUUAAAAGGUAGUAUGAGAAAUGUGAAUAAAGAGGUAACAGGGCUUUUGCUGUCUUCGGUAUAAAACAAAAAAGUUGAAUGCUGGGAUCAUUUAUUGUUAUCCAAGAUGGUUUUUAGAAGACUAUCCUUUCAAACAGGUUUUAUUCCACUGUAUGCAGAAUUCCAUCUGUUCAGGGUAUACUGGCAGUACAGAAGAGACUUAGUAAGAUGUGUGUUGCCUUUACACCUCCAUGGUGGCAUCAACAGGACUGUUCAAAGGUUCUAUCUUAAACUGUGUAACCCUGCUGUAGGUGAUGGGUAACACCAGUGCCGCAGGAAUCAGACCUGUACUGACUGAUACGCAACAUUAGGCUAGGCCUAGGCUCAAUCUGCCAAGCUCAUACUUGUUGAAUAGGCUUCGUUUUGAAGUCAAACAUAUUUGAUGAGAUGCACGAAUAUAGCAAGUAUGGGAUGUUACAAUGACAUUUUUUACCAUUACUUUGGUGUAGAAGUGGUUUUUGAGUUAAGUUAAAUAUGCAUUCUUUCUUUUGCAUCACUGCUAAACAGUAGAGGUCAGGAAUGUAGUUCUGGUCUCUGUUGUGAACCUGCACAUUACUCUAAUGAAACUACCUGUGAGCUGUGUCUGAGAGUAGCUGAUUUUCUGACAUGCAAAGUGAUGUGUACCGGUACAAGAAAAAGGUCAUGGCCUGAGGAAGUAGGUGGCUGCAGGCAUUUCUAGUGCCUACUGAAUCAUACUUAAACCAAAUAGAGGGGAGGAAAUUAUUUGAAACUCUAAGCGACUGUACUAUCUGUAUGGUGUAUUAUUAAUGUAGCUUUUUGAAGUGGAAGCCUUGAAAUGAUAUAACUUAAUACUUGAAAAUAUAUUGUAAAUGUUUCUUUGUAAUUACGUGCCAUCCAGAUGAGAAUACAAUAUCAUAAUAAA